ACCAAACGCAAAAAGAAAUCGCUAAAUCGCUUGACUAACGAUUAUUGAGACCAUUAUUAACCAUUCUCAGCAGGCCCCGGCUUGCUUAACAGAGUUCAUACAGCAAAACGGGGAGUGGAAAGUGCGCGUGUUCAGCCACAUCGUUCGCUCCGCAAAGCCCAAUUUCGAAAGGUUUACAAAGAGUUUCUACUCUUCAAAUGGCCGACAGCAAGAAUGAGGAUUUGGCAACCGCCAUCCUGAAGCGCAAGGAUCGGCCGAACCGAUUGAUCGUCGAUGAAGCCGCCAACGAUGAUAAUUCGGUUAUUUCAUUGUCACAGGCAAAAAUGGAUGAACUGGAGUUGUUCCGGGGCGAUACCGUACUGUUGAAAGGCAAGCGGCGCAAGGAAACGGUUUGCAUCGUGCUGUCGGAUGAAAACUGUCCCGACGAGAAGAUUCGCAUGAACCGUGUUGUGCGUAACAACCUGCGCGUCUGGCUCGGCGACGUGGUGAUGAUUCAAUCUUGCCCGGACGUAAAGUAUGGCAAGAGAGUCCACAUCCUACCGAUCGACGAUACGGUCGAGGGACUGACCGGUAACAUGUUCGAUGUUUUCCUGAAGCCAUACUUCCUCGAGGCGUACCGUCCGAUCCACAAGGAUGACACGUUCAUCGUGCGUGGUGGUAUGAGAGCGGUGGAGUUCAAGGUGGUCGGGGCCGAUCCGGCACCGUACUGUAUCGUCGCACCGGAAACGGUUAUCCAUUGCGAGGGCAAUCCGAUUAAGCGCGAAGAGGAAGAGGAAACGCUGAACGCUGUGGGAUAUGAUGAUAUUGGCGGUUGCCGGAAGCAGCUGGCACAGAUUAAGGAGAUGGUUGAGUUGCCUCUGCGCCAUCCGUCGCUGUUCAAAGCCAUCGGCGUGAAACCUCCGCGUGGUAUUCUCAUGUACGGUCCGCCUGGUACGGGUAAAACACUGAUUGCCCGGGCUGUGGCCAACGAAACUGGCGCGUUCUUCUUUUUGAUUAACGGGCCCGAGAUCAUGUCGAAACUGGCAGGCGAGUCGGAGUCCAACCUGCGGAAGGCGUUCGAGGAGGCUGAGAAGAACUCGCCCGCGAUCAUCUUCAUCGACGAGAUCGAUGCGAUUGCUCCGAAGCGUGAGAAAACGCACGGUGAGGUGGAACGUCGCAUCGUGUCUCAGCUACUUACGCUGAUGGACGGCAUGAAGAAGAGUUCGCACGUGAUCGUGAUGGCCGCGACCAAUAGACCGAACUCGAUCGACCCGGCGUUGCGUCGUUUCGGGCGCUUCGAUCGUGAAAUCGACAUCGGCAUUCCGGACGCGACCGGCCGACUGGAGGUGCUACGUAUUCACACGAAAAACAUGAAGCUUGCCGAAGAUGUCGACCUCGAGCAGAUUGCUGCUGAGUCACACGGUCACGUCGGGGCUGAUUUGGCUUCGCUCUGCUCGGAGGCUGCUCUGCAGCAAAUCCGCGAAAAGAUGGAUCUGAUCGACUUGGAGGACGACCAGAUCGAUGCCGAGGUGCUGAACUCGCUCGCCGUAUCGAUGGAGAAUUUCCGGUACGCGAUGACCAAGUCGAGCCCAUCAGCGCUGCGCGAAACCGUCGUCGAGGUGCCGAACACAACGUGGACCGACAUUGGUGGGCUGGAGAACGUGAAGCGAGAGCUGCAGGAACUGGUGCAGUACCCCGUCGAACAUCCGGACAAAUUUCUCAAGUUCGGCAUGCAACCAUCGCGCGGCGUGCUGUUCUACGGACCGCCCGGUUGCGGUAAGACGCUGCUCGCCAAAGCCAUCGCCAACGAGUGCCAGGCGAACUUUAUCUCUGUCAAGGGUCCAGAGCUGCUGACGAUGUGGUUCGGCGAAUCGGAGGCAAACGUGCGCGAUAUUUUCGACAAGGCACGGUCGGCCUCACCGUGCGUUCUGUUCUUCGACGAGCUCGACAGCAUCGCGAAAUCGCGUGGUGGCAACGUGGGCGAUGCCGGUGGAGCCGCCGAUCGUGUGAUCAAUCAGAUUCUGACCGAGAUGGAUGGUAUGGGAGCGAAGAAGAAUGUGUUCAUCAUCGGCGCCACUAACCGGCCGGACAUUAUCGAUCCCGCUAUUCUGCGCCCCGGCCGUCUCGAUCAGUUGAUCUACAUUCCGCUGCCGGAUGAGAAGUCGCGCGAAGCGAUCCUUCGUGCCAAUCUGCGCAAAAGCCCCGUGGCCGACGACGUCGAUCUGAACUACGUCGCGAAGGUGACGCAAGGCUUUUCGGGAGCUGAUUUGACGGAAAUUUGUCAGCGUGCCUGUAAGCUCGCGAUCCGUCAGGCGAUUGAGGCGGAGAUUCGACGCGAGCGAGACCGUGCGGCAAACCAGAGUUCGGCGAUGGACAUGGAUGAGGAGGAUCCGGUGCCAGAGAUUACGCGUGAUCAUUUCGAGGAAGCGAUGAAGUUUGCCCGUCGAUCGGUUUCCGACAACGACAUUCGCAAGUAUGAAAUGUUUGCCCAAACGCUGCAACAAUCUCGCGGUUUCGGCACCAACUUCCGGUUCCCCUCCGGCCAGGGUAACAGCAGUGCUCAGGGUCAAGGAUCGUCACAACCGACGAGCAAUAAUCCAGGCGACAAUGGGGACGACGAUCUUUACAGUUAGAUUUUCUAAUAGUUUUUUGCAGCCUUCGUUCGUCUGACCGAACUGAGAGUGGGUUAGCUACUGGUGCUAGGUGGAAACAUCGUUGCUCCGGCCAGCAACCUGCUCUACCGUGAGACUUUUCCAUAGACCACCUACUUCUCCAUCAUUCUAGCCACACAAGUGAAACUUUUCUGUUUUCAUCCUUCUGAGCAAUUCUUUUUUGAUCCAUCCGUUCUCUUUCCGUCUUCGUAAGUUACUUGUAUGGUGUCUUACUGAUCUUGAAUUCCAAUACAAAUUUGAACAACAUACGACGUUUACGCUGUAGUAACAACGAGCGCGAAUCUAAAUUAUCGACGGGUCCAUAGCCUAUCAGCCCGCUGAGUCUGUCUCAAUAGACUGGUUGGUAGCAGCAACGUAUAACGCAAAUACAAUAGAAACUGCGACAUAACGGUCAAUCCUAGGUUUUAUCUGCCCGCGACGCUGAUGGCUUGUCCCAAAAGACUCGACUGAAAAGUAAACGGCUGGACGGCGACUAACUGAAAUGCGUUUUUGCUUGUUUUCUACCGUGGCAUUCACUCUUUCUUCACACAGUGGUCUUUUCCUUUUCCAUUGUCCGAUUUCUCAUUUCGGGGAAUUAUGUGUAAUCGUAUUUGUCGUAGUAGAAAUAAAUUAUCUUCAUCUUUGUCAUUCAUUUGAGCGAAACUUUACGUGGGGUCCCCUUGUCAAAAAGUGUAACGAAGGAAGAGUUUCUGGAAGGUUUUCUCUUCUGACCGUGUCGCACUCCUGCAAAACGAAGACAAGUAAAAGAGGUGAAGGUGAAGGAACACGGUGUCGAUGAAGAACGCCGCCACAGGCCACUACCCCUCGGUCGGUCUCUACACAGUCCGGCUCUCUUGUGUGUGGAAUAGUUUUCUUAUUCUUUAGGAUGGUAUGAAAAACAAGAUAAAGUAAGCCCGCUGACAUCUUAAAAUUGUAUUUUUACGGGAAACAAAAAUAAAACAUGAGAUGAAGUGAAGUGGAUGAGAAAUAAACCACAAAAAAACUAAAAU